GGAAAUUGCUACCUUAACAGUAUAUGGCUUUAUGACACCUGCAUAGAGUCAUGACCAUACAGACUGUAAAAAUAAGUCUAUGGUCACAAAAAAGUAAAACCAGUCUGUCAAAACAUAUCGGCGCUAAACUGUCUGACUUAGCUAGUUUCUUUCUUGUAGCAAGCUGUGUGCACAGUCAAGAGGAGAGAGGUAACGUUAGGCUAACUUGUAACCAUGCUAGCUGUGUCUGUCCUCGUCGCUGCGUUAGUUUGUCAAACGGCGGCUCGCUACACUGCGGACUGGACGAGUUUGGACGCCAGACCCCUGCCUCCAUGGUACGACGAGGCCAAGGUGGGGAUUUUUGUGCACUGGGGGGUGUUUUCUGUCCCCGGGUUCGGUAGCGAGUGGUUUUGGUGGCACUGGCAGGGCCAACAGCCUCCGGACCAGAAGUGUGUGAGCUACAUGUCCAAGAACUACCCGCCUGGAUUCAGCUACCCGGAGUUUGCUCCCCAGUUUCAAGCUCAGUUCUUCAACCCGGAGGACUGGGCGGACAUUUUCAAGGCUUCAGGUGCAAAAUAUGUCGUCCUGACUGCCAAACACCAUGAAGGAUUUACUAACUGGGAGUCUCCAAACUCCUGGAACUGGAAUUCAGUUAAUACUGGUCCUCACAGGGACCUAGUGGGAGACCUGGGGGAGGCAGUGCGCAACAGGUCAUUGCACUAUGGACUCUACAACUCUUUGUAUGAGUGGUUCCACCCUCUCUACCUGCUUGACAAGAAGAAUGGAUUCAAAACACAAGAGUUUGUGUUGAACAAACUUCUCCCAGAGCUUUAUAACAUGGUUGUAAGGUACAGACCUGAGGUGAUCUGGUCUGAUGGGGACUGGGAAGCGCCUGACACCUACUGGAACUCCACCCAAUUCCUGGCAUGGCUCUACAAUGACAGCCCUGUCAAAGAUACCAUUGUGACCAAUGACAGAUGGGGAAGUGGCUGUGCCUGUAAACAUGGUGGCUACUAUAACUGUGAAGACAAAUACACUCCAGGCCAGCUCCCCAAGCAUAAAUGGGAGAAGUGCACUUCUGUGGACACGUUUUCCUGGGGUUACCGUAGAAACAUGAAGAUUAGUGAACUGAUGAACUUGCCCACUAUCAUUGAGGAUCUGGUUCGCACUGUGGCUCUGGGAGGUAACUACCUUCUGAAUGUGGGUCCCACAUCUGAUGGGAUGAUACCCGCAGUGUUUGAGGAGAGACUCCGGGGUGUUGGAGCCUGGCUCAAGAUCAACGGGGAGGCCAUCUACGCUUCUAAACCCUGGAGGGUCCAGUACGAGAACACCACUGUACCAGUCUGGUAUACAUCUAAAGGGACUGCUGUCUAUGCCAUCAUGACAACCAAACCCCCCAAGCUGACAUUGCAACUAUUGGGACCCAUAACAUCAGCAAGCACUAAGGUGACCUUGUUGGGGAAUCCACAUCCCUUACCCUGGUCCCCAGUCUACCCCAAUGCUGGUCUAACUGUCCUUCUGCCUGAGCUGCCCUAUUCCCCGGGCCAGGCCUGGACACUCCGGCUGGAUGGCAUAAAGUGAGCCUUAAACCCCAGAAGGGUUCCCCCUCAACAAGGUUGAACAUUGAGAAUGUGUUCAUCUCAGGUUGUCAUUAUGUUUGUAGGAUGAGGGGAAAUGAAUGUACUUUGGUUAUAGGGACAGCACAUGUGUAAUGGAUAAGUAUUGUAACAAAAUUGAGAGAAUGGAACUCGUCUUUUUAAUGAUUCCUACAUAUUCUGGGGUGUAGAGAUUUAAUGAGUCACUGUGUCUUACAUGUGUAAAUGCUUUUUUUAUUUUUUUUAUUCAAAUGAAUGGGUAUAAAUGAGAAGAGGAAUAUUCUGUUCAGCAUGUGAUGCUUUCCUGGCAGCUUCUCAGCUCUUU